UUCUUCCCCUGCUGACUGCUGUCCUGUCAAAUUUUUCUUAUUUCCUGGGGGUGUUUGAACUUGGUCUUUCUGAAUUUCUACUCUAAAAUUAAUUGGAACUGUUCCAAUUUUGGAAUAAACUUAAAUUGUUUACAUCUUGUUUUCAUAUCACGCUUAGUCAGCGUUUCGUUGACAUGAUUUGAUGUUCCUUUGUGGUCGAGAUAUUUUCGUAUUGAGUGCAAAGAACCGUUUUUACUCCUGAAAGUGGUCAAGAUUUAGCUUGAAAAUGUGUUCUACAGAGGGUAUUUGUGAAGAGAAAUCCUUGGAUGAUAGCGGCUUUGUGCCCAUGUCCUGUGCUGAUCUAAGUGCGCAAGACGUUUCUAUGUCUGGGAGACAUGUCUAUCUUUUGGAUCUGUCUGACGAUGUUUUACUCUACAUCCUGAAAUACUGCAAGGCCAGAGAUCUGAAGGCUGUGGGAUACACCUGUUCCCGCCUCGCUCGUUUGGUGCUGGAGCGUUCGCUCUGGCGUUAUGUGGAGGGGCGCUCCGAUGCAUGCUCUAAAGCCAGACUCAAGUGGCUCAUAGAGAAUGCUCUGCAUAAGGACACACAGGUUUUGAAACUGUCUGGCUAUGCGCGGGAUUCGGACGGUUGCAUGGGGUUCGUCAAUAUGACACGAAAGGAGGCAGAGCAGGAAACGAAAAACAGUUGUGAUGAAGAAAACAUCCAUGGACACAACGCCUUAGAAAAGGCGAUCAGCGCAAACGUAAGCAGAAUGCUUGGGGAACGGCACCCGACUCACCCAGCUAGACUGUUCAUAAGCGCACAACGCUCUCAGUUCCACAGCUUGAUGAUUUCUGCACUAAGACAACGUUGCUUUCCAAUCUGGCCGGAUGAUGAGGAGGAAGGUCGGUCAGGGCCACAGCACUGCAGCGGACCCCAGUUUACCCUCUCUCAGGCGUUGCUGCUAAAUCUGAGUACCACCUGUCCCCAGCUCACCACCCUGGAGCUUGACUAUUGCAACAUUGACUGCAGCAGUACCUCCCUGGCCGCCUUUCCUCGGACUCUGAAGAGGCUUUCCUUGCGCGGGUCCAAAUGCUACAACAUGACUUAUGACAAGUCUUUCCUGUUCAGGAUCCAGGACUACAUGCCACUUUUGGAGAGUGUGGACGUGUCGGAGUGCGAGUGGCUGGACCCGGCGUCCCUGCUGCCGAUCAGCAAGCUGACGGCUCUGGAGGAGCUGCUGAUGCGGGAUUGCUGCAAGCUGACCGAGUUCGUCGCGUACGCGUCCCUGACCGCGCGAUAUGGGUUCAGAGCUUUGAAGAGUCUAGACCUCCGUGGUUCACCCGUGGGCGACUCGGAAGUGCAAGCGCUCGGCUGGCUUCCUAAGCUGGAGAAGCUGUGGCUGAGCGCGCGACGCACGAAGCGCGCCGAGCCGCACGCGCACUACACGGACGACGAGCGUACACCACACGUGCAACUGCACGAAUGGGAGACCCAUGAGCCUGAUUGUUUCAAACAAAAACCCAGCCCAGAUAUGAGCAUGGAAGACGUUGAGAGUGGUAUGGGGGAGCCUAUACCUUCCACACAUAUAAACCCUGAUACUAAUUAUGAAAGAUCUCAAUUAAAAGAUACGAAUGGAAACAACAACAAAGAUAAAAAAGGUACCAAAAGAAAACCCGAUAAAGGCACAGGGGAAAGGGAUGACACAGAUGAUAACGGUGAGCCAUCCUGCAAACGUAUACGAACAGACGUGAAAGUAACUAUUGAAAGUACUAGUUCCGAUACUGGAAGACCCGUCGCAGAUAACGAACGAGAUGUUUGCAUAUUCGAUGAGAUCAACAAAGCUUUUAGUCCGCUUGAAGAAGAAUUUACUGUGGAUAAUGUACAACCUAAUCCUACAGGGAAUGUAGGCAUUAAAGAUGUUGAGAUAGAUUUCAGAGUUAUUAACGUAGAUGGUUUGAGGAAUCCACGCAAUAGUGAUGAAAAUAAUCGUGAUAUUGGUAACAAUAGUAAUCGAAAUAUUAAAAAAAUUGAUGAACGAACAGUAGUGGAAGCAAUCAAUCAAGCAGCCAAUUUUAGAAUCAAAGAAAUGAAUGAACGUUAUUUUGGACGCAGAAACAACGAAAAUCAAACGAAUGACCGGCCGAAUAACGAAAGAGAUGAGAGGUCUUUAGUCGAUUCCAUCAAAAUCGACCAAGAAAUAGAAAUAAAUUGCGAUAGAGAGAACAAUGUAAUACUUAUAGCAAGCUCUUCGAGAUCCAAGAACGAACCGUCGACGUCGAAACAAUCUGAUGACAGCCAAAAAACUCCAAACAAUAAAAAACCGACUGACAGUAAAAAACAAAAUGACGACAAAAAGCCGGUGUCUCUAGGUUAUAUACACUUUAGAAGGAACCAACGUCCUGUUUAUGUUAAUAUGAACCGUGAAGGAUCCGGUGAAGAGAAUCAAAAUAGGAACGAUGAAAAUAGUGAUGCGAGUCGACAAGAAAGUGUUAGCGAUGAUUUUGAAAAAGGCGAAAGUGAAAAUAAAAUGGAUGAUGCAAAACCGGGUCCGAGUAAAGAACCAGUAAAUGACGGUGCUUCAACGUCUAAAGACGGUCAAAAUGGAAAUAAAGCAAACAACAAAAGAUUCCCCAUAUUUGUUCCCCAUAAUUGUGCUCCAGAAAAUGUUCAAAGAAGAGAACCUUUACCGCCAGUGCAAUAUCAUAUAGAACCUAGGCAUCAUGUCUUGUAUGUGGGUGUUGGACCUCAAAUAAAUACCUUUAGAUUCCCUAGAGACUCAUCGGAAUUGUUACAGCAUUUGAACCUGUCUAGGAUUCAUGUGGACUCGAGUGGUUUAGUCACAGAUUUUUCUAUGCGUCGGUUUGGUAGAGCGGAAGGUGAGGACGUUAAUGUUAUACAUAUAGGUCCAGAUGGUCCUAUGGCAGCCGGACAAGCGACCGGAUCGAGACCGGACCGGUCUAGCCUCCGGUUUCUGUCUGUUACCGGGUAUAGAAACAUCACAGAUCGUAGUCUCGUUCAUUUAGCGACGGCAGCUCCUAAUUUGUCGUUCAUAGAUUUUUCUGGGACGAGUGUCACUGAAAAUGGCGCGGAGAAUUUUAGGAGUUUACGCCCGGACUGUGAUAUUGUAUUUAGUCAGUUUCAUGAGAAUAAGGAGAAUGAGAGUAAUUAAAUUUAAAAUGGCUGCCUUAGUACCAAACUUGUGACUGUAGGUAUGUGUGAUGGGUUGAAUAAUGGAUUACAUUUGCAACAUACAGCCCUGAAAUACACAGUUUUUGUGAGUGUCAACUCGGACAAUUAUAACAUUGACAUUUCACGAGUAAUUAUGGUUUAAUUUACAUUUGCAACAUUAGUGCCUUAUUUUUAGAUAAUAUGAUCAUCGCAAGGUUAUAUUACGCAGGGCGCAUUUUUAACGCACUAUGUUACGCAACAGUUGCUAGCACAGAGUGAAUAGGCACCUUCUAGGUAAACGCGUUCCAUCUUAGACCACAUCAUCACUUUCCAUCAGGUGUGAUUGUGGUCAAGCGCUUACCUAUAGUGAAUAAAAAAAAAGUUAGAUCAAAUCGUAGUAUUUUGUAUGAUCAGAAACAGGCUACCCACACCCGACGGGACUUGUUCUCUCAUGUAGGUUUAAAAGCAAUUAUUUAUCGAUGACUCCUGCGUAUAUUAAGUCUACUAGUAGUAAUUUUGCUACUGCUUACUAUACGUAGUAGACUACUACUAAGUAGUAGCAAAAUUCUAAUUUUACAGGAGAGCGUCUCAUAGAUAAGUUAUUGUUUUAAUGAAAUGAAUUGGAGCUAGGUGUAGUGUGUAAGCGAGAGGGAAUUAUUAACGCCGCCUUUUCAGAUUUGAUUCCUGAUUGGUUUACUAUAUUCAUGCGUUAAAAUACUUAAACUAUAAUUAUUUUCUCAAUCAUUUAUUGAUGGAUUAAAUAAAAUUAACAACACCAUGAAACUUGUGCAUUGUUAUAAUUGUCCCAAAUAAGGUCACUUGAUAAAACUGUGCAUUUUUUGCCUAGAAUGGAAGAGUGUCAACCAAACAAAUUAUUAUUGUUGCAUUGAUUGUAUCAAAGUUUGGAACUAGAUGCCUGACUAUUAUAAAUUAAUUAUAAAAAAACUGCCGAAUUAUUGGUAAUAUAAUUGGCAUGUGUACGGCUUGAUUUUUAGCAGCAAAUUAAUAACACAUUUGAAGUACCAUCUUAUCUUUUGUUUUAAUAAUAAAAAAAAAACAUAAUGUACCUUACAUUAUGUUUUAUUUUUAUGAAAUGAAGCAUAUGUUUGUGGAUCAAUAUGUAUUUGUUCCAUUAUGCAAUAAGAAGUUUUUUUUUUUUAAUUUUUGCGCAUGCAUACUUAUUUAUGAUCCAGUAUGAUUUAGUUGUGUAAAAAAAUCUAAAUUUUUAAAAGUUUUCUUUACGGAAAGUUAUCUUAUUUAAAGGACAAGCAACGGUUCUGCCCGCGAAAUUAUCUUUUUGCAAUUUUUUUAAUUCACUAGUCAAUAUUCAAUAGUCUGGAAAAAAUAAAACUUCAAUACAUUAAGCUUUGCUGUUAAAAAUCAAGUAUUUUGAUGAUUUACCCAAUAGAUUUAAGUUUAUUUUUCAAAAAAAGUUAUUUUCAUCGUCGAUUCAUAAAUUAACUGCCAGAAGAUCUCAAAAGAGUUAAAUUAGUUUUUUAAUUAAAUAAUUAAUAAAUUAUUUCGGGUUUACAAUUUCUUUACUAAACUUAUAUAUAGGUCUAAAAGUAGUGUUGUCUUUUUCACAAUGAUUUUGAAAAUGAUAGUAAUUUUUUAAGACUCAUCAGAGAUUUUGUGAAACCGAAUCACCAAAUCGGUUGUACACUAAAUAAAAAACCGGCCAAGUGCGAGUCAGACUCGCGCUCUGAGGGUUCCGUACUCGGGUAUUUUUCCCAACAUUAUGCACGAUAAA